AUGGCGACGCACUUUUUGCACUGCGCUCAGGAGAACAUUUUUGGCGAGUCCACAAACCUAAUUACUUGGUUUGCCGCUGAAGGAUUUUUUUUUUUUUGCUGCUCUGCAUUACAUUCACAUCGAAGCUUAGUCUCACGGAAUAUUUGACUCAAUGGGAAUCGGUCGAGCUGUGCAGGAAAACCCGAAGCUGCAAACCAAAUAGUGGGCUUCAUCGAGCAGAAUAAAAUCAUUUUUUUCAAUGUUUUCUGCAAAUGGAAAAAAAGAUGAUGAAUUGGAAAACUACUCGUAAAACAUUUUUUCUCUUAAAACCAAAGUAUUAAUUCAAAAUUUAAAAAAAUAGAGCUUCGAACUUACUUUCUCUAUUUCAACUAUCAGAAUCGUCAUCGAUAAAAGAGUUUUUUAGAAAAAUUUAAAAAGUUUUUCUAGUUUUUUUAGAAGUCUCCUAUUUAUAUACUGACACUUGACCUACCUAUCUCAUGUGUUCUCUUUUUUUGUUGAUCUCAUUAUUCCGAUCAGUUGCAGUUUCUUGAAUUGUUUGUUCUCGUGAUUGGUCUCCGUUUGCCUCUUUCUGAACUAUCAACGUAUUCUGGGAUUUCCAGCCCAGACCUCAAAAUUCGUCGACACGAGGGAGCUAACGUCGUCGUCGUGCGGCAGGUCGGCGACUACGGGAGCAGCGGCGCUGCUUUCUGUGGCGCCGGCUCCUCCGAAGAGAUCCUUGACGCGUCGACGAACUCGUCUGCAUCUCGAUUCGACGCGAUGCGUUGUGGCGACUUGAAGCGAGCCGUUGAAGACGUCGUCCUUCGGCCUGACGAGAACCGCAUUGCCGAUUUGAAGAAGCGUGGCACCAUCGCUGCACUUGACUUGUGCCAGGUAUGUACCAAUUCCGUUCUUGUAGGAAGAGAGGGUCUGACAAAAACAAUAGAAGGAUUUUAUUUUCUAGCUCUCGAAAGCAAAAGUGACAGACAAAGACAUCUAUCUAACUUCUGUCGAAUAGGAUAUUAUGAGUUCUUUACCCUCGAAAAUUAGGAAGUUUCGUUAGUUGAGACUACCAGAAAAUUCACCAAAAAAGUUUCAGAGAACUUCCAACUGCAAAGUAUAUCACUUAUUUUUCCUAAACUCAUCUUAUUAGCGUUUCUUAUUGCAGCUCUAGCAAGCCGCGUUUUCGAAUAUUGUUUUUUCUCCCGUCAAUCUAUCUCCUUCCAGCUCGACGUCGCGCAGACGCCGUCGUCCUCUUCCAGCGUCGCUCCUUCGGCGGCCGCCAUGAACACUUGCUCCUGCUCGAGUGAAGUCGUCGGCCCCGAGCAUUCAGAUCACGAAUCUCGCCCGCCGCCGCCCCUCUGUGCCAGCUCCUCGCUCGAUACAAUUGUAAGUAUCUCGAUAAAGAUCGACUUUGCAGUGUUUGAUAUCGAAUUUAUGAUUUUUUUUUUCAAGUUGCUUUGUCUCUUAUUCAGUAAAACACAAGCUGAGACGAUAAUCAAAAAUGGAUAACCUCUGAAUUUUUCUGUUUGGCUCAUAGGUUUUUCUGUGAAAGAAGUUUUGAACAAAUUGUAGCCAAUAAUUUUGUUGCCGUCCAUCCAAAUAUCACGUAAUUUGGUUGCAUUUUCUUUUGACACUUGAAAUUGCAUUGGUGAUCGUUGAAAAUUGAUAAACGUUUCAUGCCCAUACAUCGCCAAAAGUUUGUUUUGGGCGUUAAGAAAUGUAGAAAGGGGCAAAUAUCUAUUUUCAAGUCGCCAUCGUGACGGAAAAGAGCGGAAUGCCAAUGAAAAAAAGGCUAAUAACCAUAAUAAGAUUUGAUUCAUGGGCACCAACGCAACCUCAGGCGCUACAUAGAAACCUUCUCAUUAAAUCCGCACCAACGGCUUUAAUUUAUCAAUAAUAUUUUUCUCAGGUGAACCGCCCUCAGCCAUUCUCUCUCCGACAAUCUGCCAGUGGAUCGAGGCGGCAAAGUCGGGUCUACUCGAACUUUCAAACGAAAAGGAAACGAAGCAACUCGCUGACAAACUAUAAUAAAGGGUUGGUUAGCUGCUGAUUGAGGCUUUCUAUAUUUAUCUCAUUCAGACAAACUCUUUCUGUUUCUCUCCCGCCGUCGGCGCGGCAUACGCCUCUGAGAUUUGUCAACGACGAGGAAGCUUUUAGAAGUAACAAAUCAAUCUCGACUAAAUUCAUUAAAAUUUUCUAGGUUCAUUGGGAUCUUCGGAAUCGUAUUCUUCAGUAGCUCGGAGCGAAGAUUAUGCGCCGGAGCUGGUUCUGGAGGAAGAUGAAGGUUUUGCAAUACGAUUAUAUACGCAAAAAAUUUUAAUGAGCUAAUUAAUUUUUCUCGGGAUAGGUCAUUCAGUGUCUUCUGCUUCAAUUUCAGCUUCCACAUUUCAACGGAUAAUAUUGAACAAGCUAGCUAAAUAAGUUGAUAAAGAGGCGGAAACUCUCAAAAAGCUCUGCCUAGCUCUUUCAUGUACGAGUAACAGUUCCAAUCGGAUGAAAAAAAAAAUGGAUAAAUAUUAAUUUUUAUGGAACGAUAACACGAGGUCUUUGCAGUUCCAGGAGGCAUGCCGGAACUGGUGGUCGACGUGCAGCCGCCGUUCUUCCUCCAGCAGCCGCGACAACACUCGGCCUGCUCCUCGACCUCUUCGAAUCCCUUUGCGAAUUACCGCGAACGACGCGACGACGACGACGACGAACAGAUGGACUGCGACUAG